AUUUUUCCAGAGAUGCGUACAUUGGCCUGUGUUCUUCUCGCUCUUCUCUGCGCACUUUUCGUCUCGGCUCAACUGGAGAAACGAGCUUCAAUGGGAGGUGCUGCAUUCGGUGGUAUGGAUCGUAUACCCUUGGAAUUCAUCCAAAAAUACUAUCGAAUGGGACAAAAGCGAGCAGUGUCUGACUACAAUGAUGGAUCCUAUCAACGUGGCCUCUACAAUAUCUUCUAAGAGGAAUUAGCGUUCGCUAAUCAUCACGCAGCCGAUGUUCGAUCUCAAGCAAUUCCAUCCUCAAAUACCGUAUACUUACACAAAUGCAAUUAAGAUCUCGGCUUUUGUUUGAAAAUGUUGUGUAGUGUAUUCAGUGAAAAUGAAAGUUUAAUAUUGUG